AUGCAGCGGGGGCUGAUCCCGCGCGAGCAGGCCCUGCGUCUGCUCGAGGCCCAGCUGGCCACGGGCGGCAUCGUCGACCCGUGGGCGGGCCACCGGCUGCCCGUGGAGACGGUCGGGCUGCUGUCGGAUGCAAGCGGCGAUGCCGGUUCGGGCGGCUUCUCGGACCCCGGCACGGAGGAGCGGCUGCCGUACCGGCGGCUCGUGGAGCGCUGCGUCGCCGACCCGGACACGGGCCUGCGCGUGCUGCCAUUGCGCAAGAGGGGCGGCAAGAUUGCGCAGGACAUGGUCAUCAGCAAGAUCGAGGAGGAGGAGCUGGCGGCGUUGAUGGCGGAGGCGGCAGAGGGGCGCGGGCGACAUGGCGACGCAGGGAGGGAGCUCAAGUUCAGCGGCCUGCGACGGGAGCUGUCGCUUGACGAGCUCGCCAAGAGCGGCAUCAUCGACGGCAAGACGGCCAGCCAGCUGCUGGAUGGGUCACGCAGCGUCGAGGAGGUGAGCAACUCCAUCAGCUCAUACCUGACGGGCACAGGCUGCGUGGCCGGCAUCUUCUUGGAGUCGACGGGCGAGACGCUCUCGGUGUACGCGGCGAUGCGCCGCGGCCUGGUCCGGCCCGGCACGGCCCUCGAGCUGCUGGAGGCGCAGGCGGCCACGGGCUUCGUCGUGGACCCUGUGCUCAACGCCAAGCUCACCGUGGAUGAGGCGGUCGCCGCCGGCCUCGUCGGCGACGAGUUCCACGACAAACUGCUAUCGGCCGAGCGGGCCGUCACCGGCUACCUGGACCCGUACACCGACCAGCACAUCUCGCUCUUCCAGGCGAUGAAGAGGAACCUGGUGGUGCGCGACCAUGGCGUGCGACUCCUGGAGGCGCAGAUCGCCACCGGCGGCGUCAUCGACCCACAGGCGAGCCACCGGCUGCCCCUGGAGGCGGCCUACGAGCGAGGCCUCAUCGACGAGAAGACCAACGCCGUGCUGCUCGACCCGCUGCAGGUCACCAAGGGCUUCUUCGACCCCAACACGGAGGAGAACCUGACCUACGCCGCGCUGCUGGCGCGCUGCUCACCGGACGCGCGCACGGGCCUCGCGCUGCUCGCGUUGCGCGAGAGAAGGGCGCCUCACCAGCGCAAGAUGUCGUCGACAUCGAGCGUGCGCCAGCGCCGCGUGCUGGUCGUCGACCCGGACACGGGCAAGCGCGUGACGGUGUACGAGGCGUUCUCGCGCGGAGUCAUCGACCGGGCCAUGUACCUCAAGUUCUCCAAGCAGGAGUGCGAGUGGGAGGAGAUCAACGUGACGGCGGACGACGACGGGGGCGCCACCUCCUCCACGCUGGUGGACAAGCGCUCAGGCCGGCGCUUCUGCCUGGACGACGCCCUGGCCGCCGGCGUCAUCGACGACGCCGUCCUCCGGCGCUAUCGCUCGGGCGAAAUGUCCAUCUUCGAGCUGGGGGACCGGCUCAGCACCAGCGGGCUCGCCGCUGGCGAAGGCGCCGCGUCGCCCAACCAGCCACUGUCGCCGGCCCUCGACAACAACGACGCCGCCGGCGCCGACCCGGCGUGGAGCGACCCCACGGAGGAGACGGCGCCGAUCGCCGGCGUCCUCGACGGGAACACCGGCGAGGUGAUCUCCGUCGGCGAGGCCGCACGGCGCCGGUUACUCGACGGCGCCACGGCGCUCGCGCUGCUCGAGGCGCAGGCCUGCACGGGCGGCGUCCUGGACCCGGCCACGGGGGAGCGGCACUCGGUCGCGCGGGCCGCGGCGCUCGGCCUCGUCGAGAAGUUCACGGCGGAGAAGCUGUCGCUGGCCGAGAAGGCGUUCGCCGGCUUCGAGGAGCCCGGCACGGGGCGGCUCGUCUCGACGGCACUCGCCAUGCGCCGCGGCUGGCUCUUCCCCGAGGUGGCGCAGCGACUGCUCGAGGCGCAGUACCUGACGGGCGGGCUGGUGCGGCCCGGAGCCGGCGGGCGGGCGAGCGUGACGGAGGCGCUGGCGAGUGGCGAGCUGGACGACGCGGCGGCGCGGAGGCUGCGCGACGCCGGCGCCCACGCGCGCGUGCUCCUCUGCCCCAAGACGCGGGCGCGCGUCACCUAUGCGGAGGCGCUGGCGCGGGCCGUGCGCGACCCGACCACCGGCCUGCACUUGCUGGAGGCGGCCGGGCAGGGAGCCAGGGCCGGCCUGGUGACCGGUGGCGUCACUGUGCGGAGCGCCGUCACCUCCUCCUCCUCUUCCUUUCAGUCAUUCAGUCGCUCGUCGCAGCCGGUGGCGAGCGGGCGCAGAUAGAGCCGGCGCCCGCUUGGCACGUUAAGAGGGAGUCGCGGCUCGGGUCGCAGUUCACGUAGUCGCUUAAAAUUGGGGGGGGAAGGGGAUUCGACGGUGGAUGAGAGCCCGGAUGUGAAUUGUGACUCUCGAGGCCGCGGAGGCGUUACACGUGUGUGCAUCGGGGCUAGUUGGGGUGAGCCGGAUCAGCGCGCUUCGUACCAGCUGUGUCAGACGGAGCCGGUGAGAUUCCGGUUUCCGAGUCUGGUUUUUUUUCCGGCCACCCGCAAGUUAAACCGCCCUCGUCCACGCUCCUCAGCCAGGCCGGCGAUGGCAGAGCAAAGCCUUUCGCGUUAGAUUUGGGUUGUGCUAGAUGUGGGUUAUCGAUCUCAAACGUGUUCCGGGUUGGGAGAAUCGAGCAGCUCUCAUCGAUCGGCUCGAGAGAUUUAUCUUUUUUUAACAUCGCUUCGCAUUGGGCAGAUGCUUGAGUGCGCCGCCUAUGGGCGUGGUUGAAGAAAGCUAGCGAAGAGAUUUUGUAAGUAGUUCUGUAGAGUCGCCUUCCAGCGCCAUUCUCGGACACGCAAGUUCGUGCACUGCUAGCUGCCAGAGUUCCCACCGCCCCCACCACGCCCCCCCCCCACUAAUUUCGGGUCGCAUCUCGCAGAAAAAAGCUGGGUCGGCCAGUCCCACAAAUUAGAAACUUCACGGAUACUUCAACAAGUUUCCGUGAAGGAAACUUAAAAAUAGUCAAGAUGUCCCGGGAAGGUACGGCGCCUCCGAUUGGCUUGAUUUUGACACGCCCACCCACACAAUAACGACUCAGCCUAAUCUGCUCCUCUUGGGACCGUCAGCUUCUGUUCCGACCAUGCGCCCCUGGGCUGCUCACAAGUCGUUCAAUAGAAAAGCGCUCUGGAGCAGUCUGGAGCGCUCCGCACAUUUAAACGCACCCUCCCCCCCCGAUGAUGAUUACGCAACGCUCGCAAGCGUCACAAAGGGUCGCGCACGGUCACAACUUGCCAUUGUAGUUCCCGUUCAUCGUCAAGGGAAUGACGAUCGAUCGCUGAACGUUUUGUGAAGCGGUCGGAGCAGCUUCACGCAUCUCCUGGGGGUGGCUCACGUUCGCCUCUAAGAGAGGGUUGAUGGAUAGCACAGAUGCCGCGAAACUCCGUUCCGUAGGGCAACGAGGAGGGGGAAAGGCGGUACGGCAAGUGGACCAAUCGCCAUCUGUUUCAAUCUGUGUGCGGGAGAAAGUGUUACCUCCUCCGCACGCGUGGAUUUUCUCCCGGCGACUCCGGUUUCUUCCCACUUUUACAAACACUCAUCGUCAAUAUGGCCGAGCACAUGUUAAAAAGAAUAAUAAUGAUGACAGGAUGCUCCUGAAAAAGAGAAUCCUUGUUUGCUCGGCGUGGCUUUCCUGGAUUAAAAACCACAUACAUAACAACAAUGAUGAUUUGUAAUUACGACUAUAGUUGAUAUAUCUUGCGCAGAUAAUUCCGCGUUUAUUUCGGCGGUGGCGGAAAACCGCGGUGGCGUGGGACAGCGGCGGCGAUCGUUUUGCCGUUGCCGCGGCUCGAGAUUAAAAAAAAACUAAACACUUUAAAAAAAUCUUUUAUCUUAUCGUAGCUCUUUUUCAGAAGCGACCUGGCCAUCACAAAUGAGAGCUCAACGAACGAAGCGGCUUAUCACCAAGUGGACAUUUAAAGCAGACAAAUGCUCUAAACGCGUGACGUUGAUUCUAAAUGUGGAGGGAAAAAGCCAGAGAGGCCCGGAGAAAAAUCCUACGCGGCCACGGGGAGAGAGAGAGGCACCACCAACUCCAAAUAUACAGCAGCAGCAGGCGUCAGGGUCGUGAUCGAACCCACGGCGUCCCGUACACCAGGCGAGGUUGUCAACAUCUCGCCUAGCGACCUUGCCGGCAGGUUCCAGCUGUGCAGGUUCGUUGGUCACGUGGGCACGCGUGCGGUCGCCAGAAUUCGCGCUCGGGGUCCGAUCGCGAAGCGUUUGGCAGUGGGAGUCGUGUUCACACAAAACAAAUAUAUAUAUAUAUAACUAUAAGUGGCGAGGGUGUGAAAGCAGCCUUCCGUCUGACCGUGACGGGUAGUAACGAGUGUAAAGUUACCGUUAACUUAGCCUGGCUUCGCGAAGUUUAAUUAACUAACAAAAAAACUAAAACCGCGGGUUAACCUUGACCCUAGGCGUUCGCGAUAACACUGCGCCCUAAAGACGGAAAUGGAUAUGGCGUAGGGUGUGGUAUGAGGAGGCCUACGAUGCGAGUUAAAAGGCCCUGUUGUCCUGGUGCUAGCAGAAGUGAUGCCCAUCAGCCACCAUGAUCAGCUUGAGCUGUAGACUGCUCAGCAGACAAGCCACGGUGUGAGCUCGAGGAUAAUGAAGGCCUUUUACCCCACGUGUUGAACUUGUUUAGCACCGUGCGUAGCCAACCGUGCUAAACACAAAAAAGCAGUUCUAAAGAAAUUCGUUUUCAAUCGAGAUGAUUUAAAAGUGCAUUGCUCCAGCGGCUCCCUAAUGUCGGAAGGAAGAGCGUUCCAGACGGCCGCAGAAGCGCGUCUGUGUUCGACUGCCCAGACAGAAGCCGCCGCUGCGAGGAUGAGCGGAGUUCGCGCGAUGGGUUCUGCUCCUCUUAGCUCACCGCGCUCUAGGAGGGCACGUCUCGGGCAAUUGCCCUUCGUCCUAGCAGAGAGAGAGAGAGGAGAGGGCCAGAGAGAUGAAAUUCACAUCUAAAAUAAAUAAUUAUCCCUGCAAUGAACGACCGGCCCGGUGCAAGUGGUUAUCGACGAACGAGAUUUCGUUGCGUGUGCGCCCACUGCCAACUGCCAGUGUCGCGAACCUCGUUAUCAUCAUCAUGAUGAUCGUCGUCGUCGUCGUGGUCAUUCGGCUCAACCUCGAUCGGGCCCGUCGUGUAAGUCGUCCGUGCGGACGACGCUAAAGCUCGAGCGAGCUCGGAGCCCAUCGACGCUGCACGCGGCUUUAUUUAUCGGUGCGGUGGGGUGACGCGCGACCCACAGUCUACCGAGAGGUGACAGUUUUAACGCCGUAGGCUGCUAAAAGAGUGACAUUACAAUAUAUUCAAAACGUAUAACGGGCAGAGAAAAAGAUAUAUGUCGUAUAUGGGUGGGCCUGGCUGUAUUUCUUAGUGGCAAAUAAAUCCACAGCCUUCCAAGA